CAUGUAGUUUGUGUACGGGAAAUUGAUGGUCGUAUCGCUAGUGCAGCUGUUGACGAAAGAGGAAAGGAGGAAAAUUUUAAGAACACGAAGAUUUCGUUGGAUGACGUAGAUAAGAUCUUAACGAAAGAUGAUAAAGGAAUCGACAUUCCAUUUUAUUACUACUUCUUUGAUAUCGUACUUCACGUUGCAGCAAAAGAGGGAUGUGGUGUCUUGCGAUUAUCCACCUGUGAACGUCUUGGGGAAGAUUUAAAACUGGAAGAAAAGGAAGUGAUGGAAUCUCUUAAUUUCUUGCACCAUAUCAACAGUAUCAUUUAUUAUCAUGAUUCUAAAGCCUGCAGUGACCUGGUGUUUGUUAACAUAGGCAGUCUCAUCGGUAUUCUCAAGGAGUUGAUCGGGCGUGUUCAUAUUCUUCACUCCAAAGCAAGAAAAUACGUUGGAGAUGAUGACGUUAUAAAGGGGAUCCUUUCAGUGGCCAAGUUUAAAGAGAUUUGUAAAAAACAACUUGACCCCAUCACAAAAGAGCUAAAGGUUAAAGAUAUUGCAACGAAAUUGCUGAAUCUUUUCCUGGAGCUCUCAAUAGCUACACCAAUAGAUGAUAAAUAUUUCAUACCAGCUCUCCUUCCAGUAAGAGAUGUUACAGAUAUCAAUCCUUAUGGUGAUCGUGAGUCAUUGCUGUUUUACUUCAAGAAGGCUACCCCAAUGGGCCUUUUCUGCUCUGUUGUUACUCGUCUUCUUUCCAGCUCUUGCUACGAAAUCGUUUCGAUAGAAAGUAAUUUUUCUAACUGCAUCGAAUUGAAAUAUUGUACAGAAGGGAUUGCGACAUUCUACAUUACUCUAGUUGAACGGAUCGAUUGCAUUGAAGUCCAUUGUGAGGAGCAGAGAGGGGAAGGGAUAGUCAAGCAAGAUGUCAAAAUGGCAAUUGAUUCUGCAGCUGAAAAGCACAAUCUCAGUGCAAGUCAUGAGAUCCGGUUUUAUUGUUCGUGUAGGCGUGGUACUACUGGAGGUGGUGUUGGAGGAGGUGUGGCUGAAGGGAGGAAGCAUACAGUUAAAGUUGAGACUGUCAAUGAAGAGCAUAUCUUCCGAUGCAGUGAGAACCCACGUAUUAGAUGUCAAUUGAAGAAAAAAUUAUGGAGCUCCUGGCUUGACGGUACUCCAGAAGGCUGUCCUUCUCCACAGGAAGCUAAAGAUCCAAAGGAGAUACUACAGAAGUAUUCAGCUAAGCUGUCCAAAGCAAUAUCAGCUAAUGUUGGUAAUAUAGCUAAUGCAUUGUUUGCCGAAGAUCUAAUAACACAAGGGACUAAAGAAUAUGUGACAACAGUUGGUGUAGCUAAUGCUGAUAAAGCUGAUAGAGUAAUGACUGAUGUCAUGGGUCAAUUAGAAGCUUCUCUUGAUGAAAGACAGUAUUUAGUUAAAGUGUGUCAUGUAUUGACUCAACAAGGUGCAGCAAUGAAAAAGAUAGGAAAUGUAAUGCUUAAAGAACUAGGAGAAGACACUGCUGCUGUCCAUCCUCCUCCUCCUCAAAGGAUGCCAGAGCUCAACAGUGGAGCAUUCUUAAAGAUAUUUGGUUCUUCUGCUGACCAAUACAUCCUAAUAGGGGCUGGAUUGAACGUAGAUGUGGCUGAUCUGUUGCAAAUGUCAGGCCCAGCAAUGAAUAAUCUCAUUAUGGUGUUUCAGAAGUGGUCUAAAGCCAAUAAAAACUUCACUUGGGACGCAUUGAUAAAACUUUGUGAUGACUUUCCUGAUCAACUGGGCAAAGCAAAAGCUAUCUUAAAAGAAGAGCUUGGUAUCUAAUCUUAAAAGAAUGAUAGCAGCUGCUCAUGGUUUAGUUAUUAUUAUGAUGCUUUUUAUUGUUUUUUAAUUUCUUUGUUCAAGCAAGAGUCCAUUAUAUUUAGUAUACCUUGAUUAUAGUCAGUAGCAGCUGCUUAUUUUUUAAUUUUUAACAGUUAUUAUAAUGCUGCUUUUCCAGUUCCUUUGUACAUGUCAGUAUCUUUUUAAAACAUAAUCCGGGCCCACACA